AAAGAGAAAGAACACUUCGAGGAGAAUCAUGCGCAAAUAAACUGUGUUCAGUGCGGACAAAAAACAACGAGAAGUGAAGAAGGCAAUCAUUUGGCUUACGAGUGUGGAAAGCGACCAAUUACUUGCCAUUAUUGUGAACUGAGGCUACCCAGAGAAAGAAUGUCAGAGCACCAGGAAUUCUGCGGAACCAGAACGGAAUUCUGCCAAACCAGAACGGAAUUCUGCCACAAGUGUAGUCGAUAUGUCUUAGUUAGGGACUUUAUAGACCAUGAUAGCGCAUGCGACGGGGGAAUGAACGAUCGGCAACACGAUUUGCCUAUGUCUUUGCCUUGUGAAUUCUGUGGAUCGCUGAUUCAGCAAGAUGAACUUGAUGCUCAUCAACGUGAAUGCCAGCGUCUGGAGGAAACAGAAGGUGCUCAAAUCCCUCUCGUUGUAGAAGAUAGCGAUGGUGUGUUUCGUGAAAUGGUACGAACGCCUGACAAUUUCACAAGCUCGAACUCGCAUGACAAUCAGUUUAAACGGAAAGUGAAGACAACAGCAUCGUUGCUCUGCCUUGUGAAAUCUGUGGCGAACUGUGUCCACCUGAUAAAUUGAUGGAACACCAGGAACAAUGUAUCCAAUUGGGAGAGAAGGCGUUCAUCGUUCUGGUUCAGCUUCCGAAAAGAACGUUUGUUCAUAAGCGAUCUUAAUCACUUCCAGUUCUCGAGACUCCAUCAGGAUCGGUUGAACAACGGGAGAGGAGAUGACCCCUUCCCUUUUGCGAAUUUUACAAUGGAAGGAGCCCCUUAUGAUCUCAUAGCAAACAUUUUCCGCGACCUGGUUAGACAGCUAGUUAUUAUACUUCCCUUUUAUAACCGAAAAUUUGUUUGAGGUGGGUUUCGGAGCUUCUAAAAUAUUUAACUAAGUACUAUUGCUUGGUUGUAUUUGAAUAAAAGCUGUAAAGGUCAAACCUUGACGCGUUCACCGCUUCUGUGUCUGUAGUUACUUUAAGAGGCGAUAAAGAAAUAAACCUCAGCAGACAUAAUCGACAUUUUGUCGAUUGAUAGGUUUAUUUUGUUAAUAAGUAAUUGCGUUUGCGUAUCUGUCCGUAAUUUGAGCAGCGUGUUGGCCUGGCUGACCGCAGAGAUUGUAUAUACUUCCGAUCAAUUAAAUAUACACACGUUGUGAUGAGAUACUGCUUGUUAUAGAUUAAGAUAGUCACGCCAUGGCCCAAUGCCUAAGUACAACUCAAAAUAUGAAUGAAUGACUUCUGGAAUUUAACGAAGAAUAAAACGACGCUGAGCUUUGUUUUAAAACUUCCGGUGUUCCUUUGUUUUAAAACUUCCGAUGUUCCUUUGUUUAUUUUCGCGCCAUUUCCUCGCUCUGUUUCCUGUUACAUGUGCUAUAAUCUUUUUAACCUAAAGAUUUAAAUGCCUGCCAACAAAAACUUUCCUGUUCAUCUUCAAGCACCGGUCUUUGUCCCAAUAGAGUCUGCUAAAAAAUUACAACUCCUUCCACUAACACGAUGGUGUGUUACGUGAAAUGGUACGAACGCUCACAAGCUCUGACUCGCAUGACAGUAUCGAAACCGAAAGUGAAGACAACAGCAUUGUUGCUCUACCUUGUGAAAUUUGUGACGAACUGUGUCCAUCUGAUAAAUUGAUGGAACACCAGGAACAAAGUAUCCAAGAGAGAGAA